AUCAUGUCGCACCUCAGGAGCGUCCUCGCUUGCUUCGUGCUCCUCGUCUCCAUUUGUCAGGCAAACACUGGUGGACUGAGGGCCAGCACCAGCUCUCAGGGGUCAAGCUUGCUGACCAACGCGCUGGUGGGACUGGCGGCAGUGGUCGGCUUCCUCUUCAUCGUCUUCUUCAUCCUCAUCAUCAAAAGGAUCUUUUUCGAGAAAGCCACGGAUGAUGAGGAGUCUGAUCCUGAGGCGUGUGCAGUAUAUGAAAACCAAGCUAUGGAGCAGGAGGAGGAGACGCCACACACAGACGAGGCGAAAACCACCAACCUGUAAUUUCAGGAGAACACACACCGCUUCAUUACACCGUCUACAUGUGGACUUUGUGCAAACGCUGUAAACUACAAGGCUGUUGCUUGAAAGGGUCAUUAAAUCAACUCGGUUCUUUUAUACAAAACGAGUCACAGCUCAGUUCUAACGGCUCUCAAGCAUUUCCCAGCUGGACGAUUUUCUGUGACCCCCGAGCUUUUUUUCUGGAUCUGUGAUUAAGAUUUCUUGUAAUCAUUCGGCAGACAGAAAGAUUUAUAUAACGCUCAUCAUGUCACACUUGUAAAUCUGAACUCAAUAAAAAGUUCCUGCCUUUUCUUUUCGUGUUUAUUUUCUGCACGUUUUUGUUCCUCUGACCAAAGUUGUGACGUAGACGGAAGUAGAAACUUGUCAUGAAAGUGAAAAAAAGUGAAUGUGAGCAGUAGGACGUUAAAAUCCGCCUUCGUAGUUAGAGCAAUGUUCCUCAAAUUAAUUUGUAAAGUAAAAAAUUAUUACUAAAGAUAAAAAAAAAUUGGGUGUCUAAUCGUCUUGAAUACAUCAGCCACU